GGUAAUAUCCAGAAUUUCUUAGUUUAUCAUUUCCACUCAUCUUCCCUUCUUCAGCUUAUACAAGCUAUCUAUCGUUAAGGCCAAAGGUUUGACUUGACGUCUCAUUCCUGGCUGUUCAUUAAUUACUAGUUAUCUUGACUUCCGACCAUACAGCCCUGAUAUUUACUGUUUGGAUAAACUAUAAAUAAACAAACCCUCAACAUAGCAACCAGAGGGGGAACAGCAACAACAGCAACAACAACAACAACAACAAAUAUGAACGAGGUCGACCGAGAGCUCAACCGGGCUGAGGUCGAUGCCAUGGCAUCGCCCGGCUCACACAACCCUCAGAGCCCCCUGAACCGCCGUGAUAGCAACGAGAUAGAGCGUGUCAUCUCAGCCUCGUCCGUCUCAACUGCUUCAUCCAUCUCAUCUGUGCGCCGUGCCACGGGAGCGGCUGCGGCAGCAUCAAGGUCACGAGAUGCAACCAGUCUCCGGAGCGUGGCUACCCAGCAGGACUUGGAGAGGCACCCCACUGUGCUCAGCCGCAUCCAUACCGCGCGCAGUCAACAUACCGCCACCGUCGGCCGGACUCGAAGCGAUGCCGGCAGCACGAGCCGGAGGAGCUGGUUCAGGAGGACCACUUCCAAGGCCCUCCCUCCCUUUGGUGCCGGGAAGGAGUACCCGCCCCCUCUGCCCGACCGCGAGGAGUAUGUCGUCGAGUUUGAUGGGCCAGACGAUCCCAUGCACGCACAGAACUGGCCCUUGCGCAAGAAGCUUGUGACCGCCAUAAUCCUUGGUUACACUACCAUGACAUCCUCGUUUGCCUCGUCAAUCUUCUCCGCUGCGACCCGGGCUCUUGCAGCCGAGUUUGACGUCUCCACCGAAGUCGGCAUAUUAGGAGUAUCCUUUUUCGUGCUUGGUUUUGCCUUUGGCCCGACCCUCUGGGCACCCUUGUCCGAGCUCAAGGGCCGUCGGCUCCCGCUUUUGAUUUCCAUGUUUGGCUUUACCAUAUUCUCCAUUGCAACCGCCAGUGGUAAAGACAUCCAGACGAUCCUGAUUAGUCGGUUUUUCUCCGGCUUCUUUGGCGCCUGUCCGCUGGCCGUCGUCGCCGCUGUCUUCAGCGACAUGUUUGGCAACCGCACCCGAGGAAUAGCCAUAACCGUCUUUAGCAUGGCUGUUUUCACCGGACCCUUCCUGGCCCCCUUCAUUGGCGGCUUUAUUGUCGAAUCCUACCUCGGCUGGCGGUGGACAAUGUGGCUUACGUCCAUCAUGGGCGCAGUCGCUCUGAUCUUCAACGUCUUGUUCCUCGAGGAGACAUAUCCUCCCUCCAUUUUGGUGGCAAAGGCCUCCGAGCUUCGGAGACUGACGCUGAACUGGGGCAUCCACGCAAAGCAGGAGGAGAUUGAGGUUGACUUUGUCGAGCUUGUGAACAAGAACUUCUCGAGGCCCAUGCGACUGCUAUUUACAGAGCCCAUCGUGCUGUCUCUCAGCAUAUACAUGGCCUUUAUUUAUGGCCUUCUGUAUCUCUUCCUCACAGCAUACCCGCUCGUCUUCCAAGGCGUCUACGGCUUCUCUGGUGGCAUCGCUGGUCUUGCCUUCUUCGGAAUGAUCAUCGGCCAGUUUCUCGCUGGGGUAGUCGUGCUUCUGCAGCAGCCGUGGUUCAACCGCAAACUUUCAGCCAACAACGGCGUCGCCAUCCCUGAGUGGCGACUGCCAUCCGUCAUCGGCGGAGCCUUCGCCUUCACUGCAGGCAUCUUCUGGUUCGGCUGGACGGGCUACAACAAGGACAUCCACUGGAUCGUCCCCACCGCUUCCGGAAUCCUCACGGGCUUCGGCCUCAUGUCCAUCUUCCUCCAGGCUCUCAACUACCUCGUCGAUGCCUACCUAAACUUUGCGGCCUCGGCCAUCGCGGGCAACACGUUCUUGCGCAGUCUGUUCGGAGCCGCCUUUCCCCUCUUCGCCGGCCAGAUGUUCAACGGCAUGGGAAUCAACUGGGCUAGCACCUUGCUCGGCUGCAUUGCUGCCGUCAUGAUUCCCAUCCCCAUCAUCUUUUACCUCUACGGACACAAGCUCCGCGCCCGCAGCAAGUUCGCCCCUACUGGCUCUCCCAUCGAGCUUCAGCAGCAUGAACAGGAGGAGGCGGCACGCCAGUCCAGGGUGUCACUACCUACUGAUGCCGAGAGCAAGGAUCCUGCCCCGAGCAAUGGCCUCAGCACACAGCCUCAUGUUCAGGGCAAGAACCAAAGCCCCGUUUAAGAGCUUAAUGUCUGUCUGCGCCGACGGCACUUUUUGAGAUUUUGUUGCCUCUGCCUCUGAGAUGUUAGAGCCGACGCUUUAAAAACUCUCAAGACUUUUCUUUUUCCUCGUUGAAAUACCCAAUGGAAUGAUACCAGCUUCUAAUAUUUAAUUCAUAAACACAUUUCAAGCGCUCAUCUCCGUCUUGUAUUUUGUUUUGUUUUGUUUUUCUUCCUGAUGUGUCCACACAAUUGUCCAUCUUUAGUUUAGUCACUUGCAAUUUGCAGCAUGGCGGCGUUCAAAAGUUUCAUGCAUCGGAGGUAUAUGAUUUAUAUCAUACAUAGAAUUAGAUACUCGUUACUAGCUGUACAUGGCUGGUAGUGCAGCGCACAGGGAAUACUCGUUCCUGGAGACUGAAUCGACAUUACUCACUAGAUCAGACGUAAUCAGAUGAGCCUUUCUAUAUUACAACAAGUAUUGUAGGCCUCCCAUGUUAAGAACGCGACCAGGUC